UCUAUUUCAUUCCCACCCACCCACCCCCUCCCGGGACCUCUCAUUUCAAUUCUUCUGGAGUUUAAUCCUUCUGGUUUGAAGAAAGAUUCGAGGUUGAAGUUUUUUUAUUUUUUUGUGUUUGUUCUUCAAUGGCUGCCGUGCGAGGAUGCGAAACGAAGACUAGUACUCCGGUUGAGCCCAGUUCUGAGGCCGCCAGACGCCGCCGCAUGGAAAUUCACCGGUUCCGAUUGCUCGCCUCCGACACCGCCAUGGCGCCGCCGCCGCUCGACGGCGGAUUGAAGAGGCAAAGAGCUCCCUCGCCGCCGGAGACGAGUGUGAAGCGACGAAAGGCUUAUGACGAGAAAGUUCAGAGGAGUGAACAAAAUCUUAUCGAGAGAACAGAGGCUGAGGAUCGGCCGGAAGCCGAGCGGGAUUUUGGUUCGGAUUGUCCGAAAUUCGGCAUGACGUCAGUGUGUGGACGGAGAAGAGAUAUGGAAGAUGCGGUUGCAGCUCAUCCCUGUUUUAGCCGGAAAACCCUAGAAAAUUCUAGGAAUAUGCACUUUUUCGGCGUGUACGAUGGCCAUGGUUGCUCGCACGUUGCGAUGAGGUGCAGAGAUCGGAUGCACCAGAUAGUGAGAGACGAGAUGGAGAAAGGAGACUCCACGUGGCAGGAGAUUAUGUCCCGGAGCUUCUCUAAAAUGGAUCAGGAAAUCACCGAGCUGUCUAACGGAGCCGCCGCUGUCGCCGUCCCAAGCUCCGUUUGCCGGUGCGAGUUCCAGACUCCCCAGUGUGACGCUGUCGGAUCCACCGCCGUCGCCGCCGUUGUGACACCAGACCAUAUUAUCGUAUCCAACUGCGGCGACUCCCGCGCUGUUCUUUGCCGGAAUGGCGUCGCUAUCCCCCUCUCCGUCGACCACAAGCCUGAUCGGCCGGAUGAACUGAACCGGAUUGAAGAAGCCGGCGGUCGUGUUAUAUACUGGGAUGGACCCAGAGUUCUCGGAGUCCUGGCAAUGUCUCGAGCCAUCGGUGACAAUUAUUUGAAGCCGUACGUUAUAUCGGAGCCGGAGAUAACGAUUACGAAAAGGACGGCGGAGGACGAGUUUCUGAUACUCGCAAGCGAUGGGCUUUGGGAUGUCGUGUCGAACGAGACAGCCUGCGGCGUUGCCCGCAUGUGUCUCCAGCACAGGAAACCUCCGUCGCCGUUGCCGUUGUCAGGAAAUGACGUCUCCGUGACGCCAUCCUCCGGGGAGAGCUCCGACAAGGCCUGCUCUGAUGCCUCAAUCCUAUUGACGAAGCUGGCGUUGGCACGACACACCGCUGAUAACGUUAGCGUUGUUGUCGUGGAUUUGAUAAACGAUUUAUAAUUAAUUAAUUAUAGAUUUUUAUGUAUAUUUAUUUUCCAAUUUUUUAGUGAGGGAUAGAAAGUGUAAAUAGGUGCAAAUUCGUGGGCAAUUGUUUUUUCCCAUGAUUACAAAUCAUUAAAACUUUGUCAAACCUCAUAUAAGUUGAGGAAGUCAAACAUUUCCGGAUUGCAAUCAUACAAUCUUGGACUCUUGGUUGAUUAAGUUAUUGAGGUUUUCUUCUUCUUUUUU